GUGGAACGAUCAGUUGGAUUGGAAGCUUCGCGUUUAUACUGAAUUGUUGAUGCAGCCCUAGUCCAGGAAUAAACUGCUGUUCAGAGGCAGUUAAAUCAUUCGCUGAAUAAGAUCGACAAUUCAGAUUUGCGCACGCCAACGGAAAAGAUGGGAAAGUUCCCUAGAUUUGUGUUUUGUUGUUGGUUUGGAAUCCUAGCGAUCGUUUCAAUCGAAGCUUUCCACUUCCCGGAUAAGGCCCAGCUGGAGCUGAGCGAUGUACUGAACAAGAACUGUGGCCACAGCGAGUAUGAAGAUCGGGAGCGUCCAGCGGAAGGCCGUUUACAGGAAUCUCCCUGGUUGGUUCUGUUUUUCUAUCCGGACGAACCGGACGAGUCUCGAACCCACUUUUGUCAUGGAACAUUGAUUACGCCAAGUUUUGUUCUAUCCACGGCCGUCUGCAGCAACAACUUCGAUUUGAAUCGCACCGAAGUCGUUCUUGGGGAGUACGAUUUAAGCACCGAGCAGGAUUGUGAGGGAACAAGGUGUUCCGAACCGGUACAAAAACGCCUAGUUCAAAAUGUUUUCGUCCAUCAUGCGUUCAAUGCAGAUACUUUCGACAACGACAUUGCAAUGGUCAAACUUGAUCGAGAGGUGCUUCUCACUAGUGCCGUUCAUCCGAUCUGUCUUCCGCUAAUAAAAUUCGAAAUCGGCUCCGUUAAUCUUCCCAAUGUUUACAACACUCUCUGGACCACUCGGGAUCGACCGCAGCAGUUCUGGAUGAAGUACGUCGAGCUGCCGAAAUGUGUCGAGCUCGUGGGUAAACAGAUCCGGCUGGUCGAUGGCCAAAUCUGCGCUCGAAGCUUUCUGAACCGCACCAUCGAUCUGAUUGGCGGUGCCGGAUCAGCUCUGGAGGUUGAAUACCACAACCGGAUGUACCAGGUGGCCAUGCUGUCGAUCGGAAUCCUGGAUUCGCCACCGGGCGUGCCAUACGUGUACGUGGACAUUCCUCGUUACGUCCGAUGGAUACAUGACACGAUUUCGAAUAACAUCGAACAAGGCGAAGAACUCGAUUACUGAAAAUAAACAACAUUUUUAAUUUAUUUUUCAGUGAAUAAGUGAAAGCCAUUUGAUAAACCAUCGCCAUCGGUAGA